AUGCUAGGAGAAGAAAUCCCCUCAACAGAUUCUUCAAUAAAAAUUGAUGAAGAAGCCCCACAAGUCAAUCUCCCGAUUCAACGUCACAUGUCAGAAAUUGCCAUAAAACGUGACAAACACUUCAUUGACACGCAAAAUUGCGUGGGAACAGCGAUCAUAACUCUAAGUGCAGCUAUAUCCAUGGGAAUGAACAACGCUGAAGACAUUGACUAUGCUCAACUGAUGAAGUAUCUAUGGGAUACAGGCAAAUUGCUGUGCGACACAUAUCACCAGCAAUCCAUAGCCAGAAAAUCGUUCAUCACUCCCAUCCUUGACAAGGAAAUCAAACCAACACUGGAUGCUAGCAUCUCUGACAAAUGGCUCUACGGAGAACAUUUGACUGAUCAAGUCAAAGACGUCAAAGAGAUUGAAAAAGCAUCUGCCUCACUGAAACCUCCCCCAAAACCCCCUCUCAAAAAAUAUAUCCUAAAAAAUAUUAAUCAGGGAAACUUGGGAGGCCCACCUACGAGAUACAGUCAGGUGGGCUACUACCAGACGAAGAAAUUCACCAAUGUGAAGUACAGACCGAGACCAGCAAUGACACGUCCCCCAUCGAAAUACAACUCCGAGAAGACUAGACCAGCAGCACGAACAUCCAAAAAAUAAAUGAGGCAGAAGAUUCACCCACUGGCUCACAAACUAUCACUAGUGGCAGGGAAAUUAUCGAACAAUCGUACCUGAAUGAGGGUAUUCUACCAGAUUCACUCGACAUAAUGCUUAAUUCUAUUACGGAAUCGACUAGAAAACAGUAUGAAGGACCAUUAAAAAGAUGGAAAGAAUUCACCAAAGAAGAAAAUAUUAAUUUAUUUGACCCAAAGGCAACAGAAGUGAUAAAAUUCUUGACACUAAGAUAUAACGAAGGUGCAUCUUACGGGACUUUGAAUUCAUCAAGAUCCGCUAUUUCCCUAAUAUCAAAAAAUGACUUAUCAAACGAUAAAUUAUUAUCUCGGUUCUUUCGUGGAAUUUCUAAAAUACGACCCCCAAAAGCCAAAUACUCCACUACUUGGGAUACUGAAAAAGUCCUCUCCUUCAUCGAAGACUCAAAAGAUAAAGAAGAUUUAACACUAAAAGAGCUUUCGGAGAUCACAAUUACAUUGUUAGCACUUGCGACAGCACAUCGUCUCCAAACAUUUUCAUUUAUUCAUAUCGACAAUAUAGAAAUAACCCCUACAAGAGUCAGAAUAAAAAUUCCGGAUUUAAUUAAAAAUUCAAGACCAGGAAAAGCUCAACCUGUCUUAAGUCUCCCUUUAUUAAAUCAAAGGAAAAAAGUUUGUGUA